CAGGUGGACUGCGCAAAAACUACUCGCCGCAUGCACACCGUUCUUAUUUUACCUCCAUGAUGCGCACGCCCCUUUUGCUAUUUAUUCAUGACUCACGCAGAUGCUCAUAUAUUGGAGCCAUUUUGACAUAUUUCUCAGACGACGCCAAACCACACAAAGGACAGGCGCUUAUUUUUCUCUCUAGAUAAAGAUGUCUGACGAAGGAAAGCUUUUUGUUGGAGGAUUGUGUUUUGACACAGAUGAAACUUCACUGGAAGAGGCGUUUUCCAAGUAUGGCAACAUUGCUAAAGUUGAUGUUGUAAGAGACAGAGAGACUCAGAGGUCCAGGGGUUUUGGCUUUGUGACUUUUGAAAACCCUGAAGAUGCCAAAGACGCAAUGGCUGCAAUGAAUGGCAAGUCUGUUGAUGGCAGGAUGAUCCGUGUGGAUGAAGCUGGCAAGUCGGGAGGAAGAUCUGACCGUGGUGGCGGCGGCGGCUUCAGGGGGGGUUCUGGCGGCUUCAGGGGGGGUUCUGGUGGCUUCAGAGGAGGCAGAGGAAGAGGUGGCGGCUAUGGUGGAGGAGACAGAAGCUAUGGUGGUGACAGAAGCUAUGGGGGAGGAGAGAGAAGCUAUGGGGGAGAGAGAAGCUACGGAGGUGACAGAAGUUACGGUGGUGGGGGAGACAGAAGUUAUGGUGGUAGCUACAGGAGUGGUGGAGGAUACUCCUCUGGGGGUGGCAGCGGAGGUUACAGAGAGGCCAGGAGUGGUGGCGAAAGUGGUUAUGGUGGCCGCUCUGGGGGAUCCUACAGAGACAGCUAUGACGGCUAUGCUACACACGAGUAAAAACAAAAACAAACUUCCUGAUUGCAAGAUCGUCCCUUCGCUGGCUGUUUUUUAAAAGAUGCGCUCUUCGAAGACUUUUUUUUUUCUCUUCUGUUUGUGGUAUCUGGUUCUAGUGUUUUCUUUAACAAACUUGGCAGUAUCUUUAGUUUUGUGUUGUGUUCUACAGGAUCUGUCAUGGCAGUAAUUGAAAUCCUGUAGCGUUUAAUUACUGUAAGCCUUGACGCUCACUAAGGAUCUUAAUACCUUAAGUUCAGUAUGCCCUCCUGGUGUUGCAGGAAGAGUGGACACUGGGAUAAUCAAAUUUGAUAAUUAAUGGCUUUAUUUGCAAUGAAACCUGUUUCCACCGUUAACUCGUAAUCUGUUCAACACAGCCUGAUAGCUUCUAAGACAAAUUCAGUCUUGCCCAUGUUCCUGCUCAAUCGGAAGACUCAAAUAUCAGUAGUAAAAUGUUUCCAUUUAAGCUUAUUUUAACUGCCGUUGUGAAUUCUGGACUUUAAAAAAAAUCUGUGAAAUUUACAGUAGAAGCUUGACAAGCUGUGAUGUGCUCCUUCAGUUCUGUAAUGCAUUCCUUUAGUGUAACAAGGUAGGAAUGCUAAGUGAGAGCAUGGUUUCCAGCAGACCACCUUGAUAUUGCUAAAGAUUUGUAAAUACUCAGUAUCCAAAGAGUGAAUGACUUACUGGCGAAAUAACUUAAUUUUAUUGAAAGGUAUACUAGGUGUUUGCAGCCUUCUGCAGUUGGCCUAAGGUACUUUGCUCUUCUCAAACGUGCAUAAUAUGAUGGACUCAACAUUCACGAUCACUCAAUGUUACUACAAGGAUAUGUGCUCUGUUCUGUGUACAAACACCCAUUUUUUUUUUUUGUAUAUCCUGGCUUCAUGAAGCCUAUUAAACAAUCCGUUGAAAAUG